UAUCAAAGGGGGAUGGAAACAUGCUUUUUCUAUUAAAUAUUUAAUAAGCCUGCCAUAAUCUCUAAUCUACGGUAUAGUAUGGGAAAAUAAAACUAGGGCGCAGCUCUUGUUCGUCUUACUAGUUGCUACAUUUGCAUGCGCAGCGACUGAUAACGGGAAUUCAGGGAUGCUGAGGGAGGCUGUUGUUGCUACCGGCGGAGUUCAGAUAAAGGACAACAAAUAGCGGCUAGUGUGUCUGCAAACAAACCGCCACCAAGAAACGCAUCGUCACAGGGCACAAAACACCCAGGAUGUAAGCGAAGAAGCUGCCACAAGUGCGCCUUCGAGAAGAGAAGAUGGCACUGCUUGUGGUUUGUUCACUCCUGUGCCUGUCCUGUUGGGUCUCUUUCUACUUUAUCUUGUGUAAUGUUAAUGGGACCAGAAGCUACGAGUGGAACUGUCGCCUCGUCACCCUGGUACACGGCAUCCUGGCAGUCUGCAUCACAGCAUAUAUAGGCUAUGUGGAUGGACCCUGGCCUUUCACUCAUCCAGGUACUAAGAACACUCCUCUGCAGAUAAGUGCCAUGGUGGUGAGCUUGGGCUACUUUAUUUUUGAUAUGGGCUGGUGUGUGUACUUCCGCACAGAAGGACCCGUUAUGCUGGCCCACCACACCAUGAGCAUCCUGGGAAUCCUUUUGACCCUAUGGUUGGGGGAGUCUGGCAUUGAGUCCUGCGCAGUACUCUUCGGCAGUGAAAUCACCAACCCACUCCUGCAGGCACGCUGGUUCCUCAAACAGACAGGACAUUACAGGUCGCUGCUGGGGGAUGUUGUGGACGUCCUGUUUGUGCUGCUGUUUGUGGUGAUGCGAGUCUUCGUGGGAGGCACAAUGCUGUACUGUGAGUUGAUCUCCCCAAGACCCAGAUUCUUUAUCAAGUGCGGGGGAGUGGCCAUGUAUGCGCUAUCCUGGGUGUUCAUGGUGGACAUUGUUCGGUUUGCCAUUCGAAAAAGCAAGAGCUGGCACAAACAGCAGAGAGACCAGCUAGAGACAAUAGCAGCUAAUGGCCACGAAGGGAAGAAGGACUGAUUGGCCUCUGUUUCCUUAAAGGAAAUCAAUUUACAUUGAAAGGACAAAGAAAAUCAACUUUUUGUAUCUUAUAUCGAGAUUAAAGAAGGGAUAUUUCAGAGUCAUCAUUUUCUAUGUUGAGAGAUAUCCCGUGUGACAUCUGUCUGUAAGGUCGGACACCUGUGCAUUUUGAAAAAACUAAUUUUUAAUGCAGUCCCUGCUGCUGAACACAUUAGAUUAUUACGUAAAAGGUGCAUUUUCAGAAACAACACAUGUAGUUUAUGUUAUUGAAAACCAAAGCACUUUCUAUAAACACAUGAACAGAUGUUUCUUUCAGUUGGUGCGAACUUGUGCCUAGUCGUAUCUGGUAGUGGGAAGUUCACUAUUAGGAAUGAAUUUGUUUACAUGUAAUGCUCCAUGAUCCUUGUGAAGCAUUUUUAGUUACAUUGAAACGUUUCUUUGGAAUCCUGAGUCUUUUUUUGAGGGGGGGAGGCUUUUAUAAAAACUUUGAGCAGAUGUGAAAGGUAUACUCAGGGAGAUGAAGUCAUCCUGGAAAGUUGGGGUGAAUUCCAGAGAAAUGUGUGUGAUGUGUUUGAUUACUUUGUUGAAUAUAGUUUAUAGUAAGCUUUUGCCUGCUGUCUGAAAUCAUAUUCCAGAGCAUAUUCCCCAAAAUAAUCAUUUAUUUUACUUCCCUUAUGUUCAGGGAUACAUGGAGGGGCACCUCUCAGUUACAUAGCUCUACACUGGUAAUACUAUUUAUUUUGCAGUCCAUUUGGAUGUAUAUGAAAACUAUACAUAUCUUCAAAUGCUUGGUGAAUUUAUAUCAGAAUUUGCACUUUAUAUAGUUGAAGUGUCUGAUUUCACACUACCAUCUGUGUGAACAUGCGUGACUUACUUAAGACAAAAGACAGAAAAAAUAUUCAUUCUCUGUACUAAUUGCUCCCAGUUCAAAUCAAUAGAGUAAUGUUCUGGUCUCACAGAGAACUUGUCAGCUGAGAGUUUACAGUUACAAUUAAAUUUAUUGUGAGCUAUCAGUACAGUGUUCUGACUUUUUGUCUGACUUCUGCUUCAGUCACAUUAUUUUGAGCCAGCACCUGUAAACCUUGUGGAGAUGUACAUGGUUCACACACCUGCAGGAGCACCUUUUUGUUUCUAGCCCCUAAAAUGUUAGAUUUCUACAUUUAGUCUUUAAACAAGACAGAGGGCUGGGCAAGAGUUAUCAUUUAAUGACUUUCAGUAAAAUCGUAUUGAGACGAUAUAAUCACAAUGGGUUAUUGUUUUACAAAAUCGUGUUGUCUAGUUUAUUAAUAACAAACAUACUAGCAUACAAAUUACUAUUAUGAAACUUCCUCAUUUUUAAUUUACGUGUGUGAAGAGUUUUGUCACAGUGAACAUCUGUUUUACUAUUUUAUGUAUGGUUUUGGGUACAUUUGCCAUCUAGUAAUAUUUAUAAUUGGGAAAAAAUAUUCUUAAAGUUGUGAUAUUAAUUCCCACCAUAUUGAUCAGACACAACACACAAAAAUAUUAUGGGACACUAACAGGUGGCUUGAUAUUAGAGAUUAUUAUGACAGCCCACUCCAAGACUGCAUUUGUUCCGUGCUAUGAAAGUUACCGAACUACCAGCUGCUCAGACUUCAUAUCUGUUUUCUCAUUAUUAUGACAGCAUCGUAUUUGUUAUUUGAGUGCACAUGGUUCUCUGUAGUAAUGUGACAAAACAUCUUACAUCCCUUUGUUUCCACCUUUAUGUUUGUUUGAAAUUUGAUGUGAUGCUCUCAGACAAGGCCUGUUUACCUGGCUGCCACUAUUAAAAAUCAUGUGAGCAACACCAUUACAUCCAAGAGAGAAAAAAUCUAACUGGUGUGUGCCUUAGUUAUCUGAAUGUACUUUCCUAAUUUCUUGUGUUUGUUUGUGUGUGUGUUUUUUGUCUUGUACUGUAAAGCCUGCAGCACAACAGCAGGUGUAAUGAAGAACCGUUUUCAGUUUUGGGUUUCAUGAUUUGCCUUUGUAAUCCCUGCGUAAAACGAAAUAAAGCUCUGAUAUGUUGUUUGUAUGCUUCUGAAUACAAUUUAAACAACAAAAUUAUGACUAAAACUAAAGGAUAGGCCACAUCUGCAUUAAAUGCACUGAGGCUGAAGUUACCUAAGCUGUCCACAUGGUGGUGUCAUAUCAAUUAUAUAUGUAUGAUCAUGAGGAAACCUGAGGGCAGUCAUCUGGCAAUGCUAAGAUAAAGAUAUCAAAAGGGGAAAAAACACUUUUACAGCAUUGUCAACUGAAAAUAAUGCCACAUUACACAUUUAGUUGAGUAAAAUGGCAGUUUUAAUUGUCGUUUAUAGCAUUAAUUCAGCU